CAUGACUUUACUCGCAAAAUGGCGGAAGGUGAAGUAGCCAAGCUACAAAACCACCUGCGCUUACUGCGAGAGGAAUACGUAAAACUGCAGAAUAAGUAUGCCGACUUGGAGAGGAAGUACCAGGUGGCGGUGGCAGGGUCGGGAGGCGGUGCUCAAGACACAUUUGUCUCCAGGCUCCUCAAACUGGUGGCCGACUUGUUUGACAAAGAUCAGUACAGUGACCUACUGGUCCACUUGGAGGGGGGCCAGCAGCUUAGAGCACACAAGUUCAUCUUGUCAUCUCGGAGUGAUGACUGGGGGGUGACAGAUCUCCACCAAGUGUCCGAGCUCCAUGUUACAGACAUCCAGUACGAUGUGGCACAUGCGUUGAUGAGAUGGGUGUACACUGACGAGAUCAACAUCAAGGUGGAGGACUCCUUUCUCCUUCAGCUGCUCCGAGCUGCCACCAAGUUUAAGCUUGAGGCUCUCCGUGUCAGGUGUGAGAAUGGCUUGAUGUCAUUUGUGAAUAUGAAGAACUGCAUCAAGUUCUACCAGACGGCUGAGGAGAUGGGGGCAGAGGUGUUGAAGAAACACUGCUCUGAACUCAUCUCUAACCACUGGAAUGACUUCACAAGUGAAGAUUUCGUUUACAUGCCUGCAGCGCUGCUGUAUAAGAUGUUCAAGACGAAGACAGAGUAUCCCCUUCACACGGCCAUCCGAGCACAGCGAGAAGAUGUUGUAUUUCUCUAUCUUAUAGAAUAUGAUGCCCAGCUGUCCGUCAAGCUGAAUGAAGUAGACAAUCGAGGGGAUGUAUCGUUAGACCUUGCACUGCAGACCAAGCAGGAAGGAAUUGCACAGACGCUGGUUGGACACAAAGCAGACGUCAACAAGAAAGAUAACUCUGGAAAAUGUCUUCUUCACAAAGCUAUAAAAAGAGGAGAUGAGUUUUCUGCAAGGUUUUUGAUCACGAACAGUGCUGAUGUCAACCUGACAACUCACCUAGACAAGGAAACUCCUCUCCACAUGGCUGCCUGCUUCAACCCCGACGUCACCAGCCCCGACACCAUGGCUGGCAUGGCACGCACCGCUCAACUGCUGCUGGACAAUGGGGCAGACGUCAGCGCGCAGGAUACAGCGGGGAGUACAUGUCUACACAGUGCAAUAUUUUGCAAGAAUGUGCCAGUAUUUCAAGUCCUUCUGAAGCAAGGGAAACUAGAUCUUGAGAUCAAGAACACUGAUGGCCACACAGCUCUCUGGCUUGCUCUUCAGCAGCCACGGGACUCCUCAGGUGAUGUGACAAAGACGUAUGGUGAAGAGAGUUUUGCUGCCCAGCUGUUGAAGGCUGGGAGUUCCCCCGACGCCAUCGAACCCGACUCUGGGGACAGCCUGCUCCAUCUGGCAGCCAGGGACGGUAACCAGGCCGCCGGGAUCUUCCUGGCCACACACAAAGCCAGCGUCAGUCACGCCAAUAAUAAGGGAGAGACCCCUCUGCACAUAGCUUGUCAGUCUGGUCUCACCGAUCUGGUCCGAGUUUUACUCCAGAAGGGUGCUAACCCAAAUGCUCAGACCCUAAAGCCCAGAGACAUGACUGUCAGCAUGGCAAUGCUUGGCAUAGAUGAUGAACAACCUCCCAUCGCACAACAAACUCCUCUACAUCUAGCUCUGGCCAACAACCACAAUAUGGUGGUACAAGUCUUCCUUGACUAUAAAGCGGAGGUUGCUGGAAGCAGUGCUGGGCUCCAAGUGAUGCCAAACUUUAACAUCAAGGACACAGUGGGACAGACCGUGGUGGGCCUGUCACUGUGGAAUGGCAUCCACAACAUGGCGGCCAAGCUGUUGGAUGCUGGAGCAAACAUCAAUGAGAAGAAUUCUGCUGGGAUGACACUCUUACAUCAGUGUAUAGAGAAGCAAGACACUGUCAGUGCCCUGUUCCUUAUAGAGCAUAGAGCAGACAUAGAAGCAAUAUCUCCUGACAAUCAGACACCGAUCCAGCAUGCCAUCAGUAGACAUCUGCCAGUGGUUGUCGACGUCCUGUGUACACGGAAAGCCAACAUGAACGUAGUCGAUGAGAGUGGCAAUUGUCCACUGUGGCAGGCUCUGGACUCAGGACAGGAGGAUAUUGCACAAACACUGGUGAAGCAUGACUGUGACAUGAACCUGUGGUCACCGGGACCAAGCUGCUACCAGACGCUGCUGCACCGAGCCAUUGACGAGAACAACGAGGCCGUCGCCUGUUUCCUUGUCAGAAGUGGUUGUGACAAGAACAGUCCGAGGAGAGCAGGUCCGAACGGGGACGGAGGGGAAGAGGCAAGAGAUGGACAGAGUCCCCUGCACUUAGCAUGUGCCUGGGGUCUGGAGAGGGUGGUGCAAUGUCUCAUGGAGCACAAUGCUGAUGUCAACAGUCAGGAUGCGGAAGGGAAGAGUCCAGUUCACAUCGCCAUCGAGAACCAACAUGCAGUCAUCAUCUCCCUUCUCCUGUCUCACCCAAGUCUCAAUCUCACACUGAGGGACAAGAAUGGUCACACUCCCUUCUCGGCUGCCAUGACAACCAAGAACAACAAGGCAGCACAGCAGAUACUCAAUCGAGAGCCGACUGCGGCGGAACAGGUGGACAAUCGUGGGCGCAACUUCCUGCACACGGCCAUCCAGAAGGCGGACAUUGAGAGUGUGUUGUUCUUGUUGAGUGUGCACGCCAACGCCAACUCCCGGGUACAAGACUCACAGAACCUCACCCCUCUCCAUCUGGCUGUCAGGACCGGAUCCGAGAUGAUUGUCAGGAACCUGAUACUAGCUGGAGCAUCUGUCAAUGAGUUGACAAAGGCAGCAGAGACCUGCCUACACCUAGCUGCAGGCAAUGACCAUGCCUCCAUCUGCUCAGUAUUACUGGAGAAUGGAAUAGAUUUUGAUGCUGUUGAUGAAAAUCUCAAUAAUGCCCUGCACUUAGCGGUCCAACAGGGGAACCUUAACACAGUCAAGGUACUUCUAACUGAGAGCCGGAUCAAUGCUGAGACCCUCAAUGCCAAGGGUCAGAACCCGCUCCAUAUACUGGGGCAGUAUGGGAGGGACAAUGCUGCCGCCAUCUUUGAACUGUUCAGAGAAACCAUGCCAGAAUACAACAUCAACAGACCUGACACCGAGGGUAACACAGCCUUGUUGUUGGCUUAUUGUAAUGGCAAUGGCAACCUCUGUCGAGCUCUGGUCCGGGCUGGGGCUUGCUUUGGUAUCAUCAACAAACAAGGUCUCAGUAUUUUCAAUGCUCCAGUUGCCACCAAACAGUUGCUGUUCAAGUUGUUAGAUAUGCUGUCGAAGGAGCCCCCAUGGAGUGAGGGUGAAAUCUGCCUGGAGUGUGGGGUGAAGUUCAGUAUUAAAACUAGGAAACAUCACUGUCGUCAUUGUGGGCGCCUGUUGUGUUCCAAGUGCUCAAGCAAGGACAUGCCUAUAAUAAAGUUCAAUCUCAGUAAGCCUGUGCGGGUGUGUGACAUUUGUUUUGACGUCCUCUCGGUGGGGGGCUUCAUGUGACGGUAGAUGCUGCUCACUUUGUUACAGUCAUGGCCAUGUUUGAGAAACGAGAGAGCAAUGUGUUCCUGCUGUGUUGGUCAGAACAAAGGGAAUAACAGACAUCUUAUUUCUCAUGUAUGUGUUUGUAAGACAGGAAUAUGUUCCCCCAGCCAUGAACGUUGGAACUUUGGCAACUACGUUGUCAUUCUGUUCAAAGAAGAAAGGAAUAUAUUCCCCCAGCCAUGAACGUCGGGACUUCGGCAACUAAGUUGUCAGUCUGUUCAAAGAAGAAAGGAAUAUGUUCCCCACAUAGGCUAGCAACAAAUGUACAGUUUUUGUCUGUUUUGUAUGAGAGAGGAACACAUUUCUUGUGCGUUAUUUGAGGAUGGUUGAUCAUCAAGAUGUGCUGCCUGAACUCUCUUUGUGUAUGUUAUAGAAAACUAAGUGCUGCUCAUUUUGUCAUGGCCAUGUUUGGUGAGCUAAGCAACAACAGCCGUGACAAGUGCUGGUCCUGGACUUGCCCGAGUUUGUGAGACAGAGAUUGCCUAUGUGUGCAUGAAGGUAGUCAUCAGGACAGUGUCCUGUCUGCAUCUACAGACUGCAUCUAUAGCCACCAACAACUGCAGCCACUUAACUGCAUCCUCUCUGCUGCUCAGGAUUAAAGGCAUUCACAGCAUUCACAGAGAUGACCCAAAGGCAAUAUAUGACCAUUCCAAAAGUCUUUAGAAGUGUUUUCCAUGAUGAUAUCGGCAUUUUCAUCUAACUUUUAAGAUCAGUAAACAUGGUACAUGGUAGGCGACUAGCGGGAUCGAGUGGUCGGGCUCAUUGCCUGGGUUGAUGCAUGUCAUUGUAUCCCAAUUAUGUAGAUCGAUGCUCAUCACUGGAUUGUCUAGUCCCGACUCGAUUAUUUACAGACAGCCUUCAUAUAGCUGGAAUAUUGCUGAGUGCGACGUUAAUCAACAAACAAACUAGCAACAUUUAGAUGACCGCAGCACCUCCUGGCUGUGAGCUAUUGUGUGAAGACACAGACUGUUUUGGUGUAGGAUCUUCUCAAACAGUUAGCAUCAUCUACACCUGGGAUGGCCUAGGCAUUGUUACGUAUGAAAACAUGUUUGUAGGAUGGAACAAAUGAAAUGAAAAUGAUUUUUUCUUACAAACCGUAUUACAUGUUUGUAUCUUUGAUGUUUAUAUAAACUGCUUAGAUGUAUAUGUCAUAUUUUAGUGUAAGGUAUGAAAGAAUUAAUAUUUGUACAAAAUGGUAUUUUAGUGAAGUUUCUCAAUCAGUUUAUUUCAUUUACUUUUUCUUAAUCAGUUGCCUGUAAAGUUUCUUCAUAGUUCUAGAAAUGUGGUGUUGAAUCACAUGAAAAGCCAGGUUUUUAAAUCCCAGCAGCAGUGUUAGUGGUAACUUCUGCAGUGUGCAGCAAGACAUGCCCGACUGGCUGAAGGCCAGGUUAGUCCAGUGAUCUACUGUGUACUGAUACUGCCAUUCUGUGUGGCGGCCAUGUUGCACCACUGUGUUAGGAGACCUUCUCAGUGUUUGACUUGAAUGUGUUGUCGAGCACCUGCAGCUGAUACAUUGUACAGAAGCAUUGCUGAUACAGCACAGAAUUAAGGGAUUUUGUCUGAUGGACCCAGCUUUUCUAAAUAGUUUAAGCUUUUAUUUGUGGAUAUACUUUCGUUGAUUCUGCUUAAGAGAUGUUGAUAUUUGGUGUAAUAUAGCUUCUUAAUAAUAUAAGGACAUAAUUUGGUAUUGGAGAGACUGUAUUUGGCACUGUUUGUGUCAACAUUUCCUAUUAACUUCAUCAAACAACAGUUACCAAAAAACAACUGCAUUUCUGAACUGCCAGUGUGACAUUAAAUUUGAUCUCUCACUCAUAAAACAUGUCCUUGUAGGAUAGUUUCAAGAGAUUGUGCAAUAAUAUGCUCUCAAUUCUAUCAAAUCGUUUUUGAUGCAUCUGUCCUAAUUUGCGGGAGACAAUAUAUUUGCGGCCACACAAUUUCAUCCUUAGUCCAUACAACUAUCACUGCUAACUGAAGGAAACCUGGGUGAGAACAAUGGGCUAUCUACAUGCAAUGAAACUGCCAAUUUGCAUUGAGCAUGGGGCAGUGGGAGAGUUGUGCCCAUGGACUGUAUUGCACCACAUCACCUUGACCCAUGCACUGUAGCCUGCAGGGAAACCUUCCACCCCUGUUGUUGUUGUUAUUAUUAUCAACUCCACAGAUCAAAUUAGUUGUCAGUCUGGAGAGCCGAAGGUCGGUAGUUCUAUCUCUGCCUGCAACAUAGCAAAAUAUGUUAAAAUAUGGUACUUGUUAAUACCCUACCUGGCACUUGACAUUGAAGGGGCACUAAUCUUCGGCUUCUUCUCCGCUGUCUGACACUGGCCUCUGCAGGGAUACUUAAAAAAAAGUAUCCCUGCAGUGAAAUCAUUUUCGGAUUGCAUGGAUAAUACGUUUACUACUCCCUUGUUGUCAUCCAUGUUUCCUGGUAUAACCCUACACUUGUGUAUUUGUCAUCAUUAGCUUGAUGCUCAGUUAAUGAAUUUAUUACCGGUAUAAUUAGUGGUAGCACCUGAUAGGUGGUAGCAGAUUACCUGAUAAAGGUUCUCAUUCUGUAUUUCUUGUGUCUGGGUAAUUAUUCAAUCUAAAUCCAGGUUUGAAGUGAGGUGAAAUGUGUGUUAUGAAAUAUGCACGUGGCGGCCCAGCAAGAGAUGAAUGAUCAGUUAAUUUACUUUUUUUUUGUAAAUCAGCGGGUCAUUCCUAGCCAUCAAAGGAUCAACAGAAAAUAUUGAUUGAAAUGCCAUAAAGUCUACAGUACAAUUCACAUACACUUUCCAUAUAUUUUAGCAGCGCCAUGAAAACUAGUUUUUUAUACACUUUUGUAGAUUUAACCACCUUGUGUAGUAAGUAAUGAGGUUUGUUUUGUGUUUAGAGUAUGCAUAUUUCUGCUUCAGAUGUUAACGUACAAUCAGUGUAAGGUACUUAAUCAUUCAGUUGCCAUGGUUACUUGGGUAGUUUAUUGACUAUCUAUAUAUUUGGUACCUCUUUGCCCCUGUAUCCAUUUAUUGUUGCUAUUGUUUCCUGUUCCAUGGUUACUGUGGCUGAAACGAGUCAGGAUGACAAGACCAUUUGAUAAUUACCUCGUAUAUGGUGUAUCUUUUUUUCAGAUCUAGUUAUAAAACGGGUAAAAUGAUAUUUUCAUGUACUUGAUAGAGAUUAAACACCUGUCAUGAUGAUGAGACUUAGCACAAGUCCUCAGGUAAUUCUAGUGCAUUGGUCCACCUGUUUUAUGAACACCUAGUGUCAUCUUGAAUUUGUUGCCUCCCUUGUGUGCGUCAUCUAGUACAUAUUCAUAUCUGGCCUUGUUCACCCCAUAGUUGUGUUGUGAAUCUUGACUAUGAAUAGAGUCAACUACACUGUUCUUACAUGAUUGGAACAAGCAGGUAGUGAACAAACAUCAUUUAGACACCAGGAAGUGAACAAACAUGAUUUAGACACCAGGAAGCGAGCACAUCAUUUAGAUAUCAGGAAGUGAACAAACAUCUUUUAGACACCUGGAAGUGAACAAACAUAAUUUAGACACAAGUAAAUAAACAAACAUCAUUCAGACACCAGGAAGCAAGCACAUCAUUUAGACACCAGGAAGUGAACAAACAUUUAGAUAUCAGGAAGUGAACAAACAUCAUUUAGAUAUCAGGAAGUGAACAAAGUAGUGAACACAAAAAAUAAUUUUUACUUUAUAAUCACAGUGCAUUAGGGAACAGCUUCAGCCUCAAUAAAAUAUAUUACCUAAUUGUUUUCAAAUAUCUCGGUAUCUCAUUAAGGGCUGUAAGCCUGUCUUGUUACAUGCUCCACAACUUUUUGUCAGUCCACUACUGGUACAUGUGUAUUAACAUAGGGUCCCUGGUCAGCUGCAGCUUGUGUAUCAGCCGGCUGGAGUGUAAAGGACUUCAUGUAUAUUGAUUGAGAGAAAUAAGGGAUCUCCUCAAACAGGAAGCACGUAUCUGACAUGAUGUGCCUGAAGGAUUCCAAACAUUUGUGUAGCAUGUGUUUUACAAGUAUAAAGCGUUUCCUCGAAACACACAAAUAUUCUUGCUUGUUGGUUCAUGGAGCACUUUAUACAUUGAACUCAGCUUCUGGUAAUUUUCUGUUGUCAUGAUUUCCCCCCCAUCAGUAAAUGUAGAGUAUAGAUGUGUUAGGGUCAGGUUUAUUGUUAGUUUGAGUCAGUAGUGGGAGUGUAGGACCCAAUGGCAUAAAAUGUUGCACUUUUCGUUGUGUCCCAGAUAUGCUGAUUGUGAGUUGAAAUCCUAGAUUCAAGCUUAUUACAGAGCUUGGUUUGUCAACGUCACUCUGUUUGUAGUGUCUCCAACCUCUAAAUGUGACCUUUGUUUCGUAUAUUCAUACAUGAAAUAAUUUGACACUUUUAAGUAUUUAUUUGAUACUGAGGAGUUAAACAUAAACUUUUCUUGCCAGUCAGUAAUCAUAUAAGAAAUAAAUCUAGUCAGUGUCUAAAUCCUGCGGUGGCCAACUCACUUGUUGGAGAUUUUAUGAGUGCUUCCAGUUAAUAGCAGGUUUAUGCUCAGUCAGAUGCCCCUCGUUGAUAAGAUAAAGAUAUUAACUCUCUCAAAGUAUAGAUACUGCUGAAUAGACUUGAAGUUUGUUAAUAUUUUUCUUCAAGAUUUUUCUUGUUAUUGAAUAAAUAAUCUAGACAUCAAUAAGUACCCAAGACAUGUCUCAAGAGGUUUCCUUUCCUCCUGAUUUUAACCUGGAUAUCAGUUUUACAGUUUAAACCAUAAUGUAUCUUCUAGUGGAGUCAGUUUUUGUGGGCAUUAUUUUAUAGGAAAACUGUAAAAUUUGUAAAUAUAUGAAUAUUCUAUUGUCAUUUGUUUAAUCAUGGCUGCUGACAUUAUGGUGGAGUGUCCAGCUUUAUCCCACUAUCCCUCACUAUUUGUUAAUCCUGCUUGUGAACUAGCUCCCCAGUGCUGCUGCUUGUGUCCAAGCUCUGUAUACUCCUGCUCUUACCAGUGUAUAUAUAUAUCGCCGUCAGUAUAGCCAAGGUGCAUAUUUCCUGCUUGGUAUUUAUGAUUGUAUUUAUUACAUUAGUAUCAGUGUAGUAAGGGACAGUCUACAAAGCCUCAUCUUGUAUGCUGAUGCUGUUUUACGUCUGAUAUUGUUUAUAUUUGCAUUGCUGCUAUUAUUUAUGCCUCAUUGUAAUACAAGAUUCCAAAAUAUCA